AUGAUAGCGUGGUCUGCAGGCUUACCAGUGCCGAAGAUCAUCUCAUACGGCGAGCAUCCCGACACACCUCAUACACCUGUGUCGAUACUCAUGACCCGCAUACCCGGAAGGGGCCUGGGCGACCCUGAAUUAUACGAGGACAUGACUGAGGACGAGCGGGAGAGCGUUUUCACAGAACUACAGUGCAUGCUGCAGACUAUGCGGAAAUGGUCGCACCCUUGGGCUAAGGAAAAGAUUUGUUCCGUGUUGGGUACGGCAGUCAGGAGCGUGCACAUCCCUAGUCAUGCAGUAGGACCGUGUGAUUCUGAAACUGAAUUCAACGACCACUUCUUCAAUUCCAUCUCCAGCAACAGCUUCUAUUCGCAAGCAAAGUUCAAAGAGACACUGGAAACUGCUGACAGACUACGUGAAAUGUGCCAUCCGAUCGUCUUUACUCAUGGCGAUCUCAAGCAUCAUAACAUCAUGAUUCUAAAUGGUCACUCUUCUGGUUUCCUGGACCGGGAGUCGACGGGCUGGUACCCGGACUAUUGGGAGUUCACUACGCCGUUGAGAUUUGGGCCGAGAGACUUUUGGAAUGAGUUGGUGUGGAGACUGGGCGGGGAGAAAUACGCGGUGGAGCUGGAGAGUGAGAAAGCGCUGGUUCCGCUUACAGUUGAUGCAUGGGCAUGGUAG